CCGGAUGGCCAGUCCUCCACCGCACCCGGCGCCCGCGCAACGUACACGGAGCUAUUCCAAUUUCAAAAUUCAAAAACUAAACAUGACAAAAUAGUCAUUUUACAGUUUUUAUUUUUAAAUUUAAGUUUCUUCGCGGCCAGUACGUAUAGUAAAAUGAGCAUUUUAAAGUCAAUGCCGCACUUUUGUUUAUUCUUAUGACGAACUGGUUUUGCAAGCACCAAGUGCAUUAUAAAAUUGUGUGACUGAGGAUGAACUUUGAUAGUUAAUUUUACUCAGAACUUCUAGUUUUAUGAAUUCAACAUGGGGCUUUUUAUACUGUUAACUCCAAUACUCACAGCGUGGCUCAUAUCCGUGACGUCAGCGGCCGAGACCCUCCCCUCUGCCCUCACCCCCGCGGCCCUCGCCCCCGCCGCGGAGACCAAGGAUGAGCAGCUGCAGCGCCAGAUCCGACAGAGCUACUAUGACUAUUACCCUUACCCAGGGUACGCGCCCGCCCCUGCUCCGAGACCCCUGUACGAGAGACUAGCAUACCCACCCGCCAGAUGCGGCCGAUGCCUCGAAGACAGGUACGAAAGAAGAAGAAACCGAGACAGAUAUGAUGACGACGAGGACGACGAUGAUGACAGACGCAGUCACAGACCUACGUCUGGCAGCCGACACGACAAGAACCGAAGCGGAGAGCGAGACAGAGACGACGAUGACGACCGCAGAUACAACUCCGAUAGGAGGAACGGAGACAAAAACAACGGGACGAGCGAGGAAGGGGAUGAUAGCAAAGACGAUAAGGACGAUAAGAAAGGCCACGGCAGCAGGCAUAGGGAUCGUGAUCGCGAUCGCGACCACAGAAACAGAUACGACGACAGAGACCGCUACCGUCCAGACUACUACGAUAGAUUCCUGAGAGAUCCAUACAGGGAGCGGGUUCCGUAUGGCUACGAAGACCCCUACAGACGUCCGUUGUAUGACCGGGGGUACCCUGAGGAUCGGUUCGCGUAUCCGUCGUAUAGACGGCCGGUGUACGACGACCGCUACGACAGGGGGGGCGCGUAUGAUGAUGGAUACGGGGGGUAUGCGCCGGGAGUCGGCAGAGGACCUCAUGACAGUUUCAGGCCGUGGGACGAGACGUACCGCGGGCAGGCCGGGUGGGACGCCGGCGGCCGCGGCUACUACUUCGCCUCGGGACGGCCCGAGCCCGCCGCGCCGGCGUGGGGAGCCGCCAGAGUAUGGGACGAGGAGCUGGAGUAUGACGGGAGAGGAUAUCCGGCAUAUCAGGGCCGGCGCUGGGCCCGGGAAUACUACAGGCCGGAGCAGAGUCCAGGGUACCAAAGCGCGUACCCUUCUACCUCAUACCAGCAGAGCGGCGCUUACCCUUCAACCGGGCAGAGUGGCUACCAGUCCCCAGGGUACCAAAGUGCCUACCCGUCUACAGGGUACCAGAGUGCCUACCCGUCGACUGGAUACCGCCAGCAGGCGUACCAGGGUUCCUUCGGGCAGGAGAGUGGGUACCGACCCAGUGGCUGGCAUAGCGUGGGGGAGCGACGACCUUACAGGGACCAGAGUGGGGUAAACAAGCUGGACAGCCGAGACAACUACGGGCAAGGCUACCAGCGUCCGGGGCAGAACGCGUACGGGCAGAGCAGCGCUUACGGGCAAAGUGACUCCAACAGAGGAUCUUACGCGCAAACGGAUAGCCGACGCCCCGCCGACGCUUACGACCAAAAUGUACGCGGACAAGCCAUAUCAUACGGCAGUGACGCCUAUGGAUCGUCAGGCAGCCGUGGGCAAGGAUCGUACGGGCAAAAUGACGGUUACAGUGCAUCAGGCAGUCGAGGGCAAGGAGCUUAUGGGCAAAAUGACGCUUACGGCUCAACCGGUAGCAGAGGACAGGGGGCGUACGGUCAGAACAGUGACGCUUACGGCUCGUCUGGCAGUCGCGGUCAGGGGUACGAUCAAAACUCCUCUUACGGAGGCAAUAGACAGUCCAGCACCUAUGGGCAGGUCACUAGUGCUUCGAACAGCUACGCUCAGAGCACCACGACCCCUGGUACAAGCUAUUUGUACCAGAGAGCUGAUGAACAAGUGACGGUCAAGGAGGCGGAUGAGGAAACGACUAAAACUCCGUCUUCAUAGAGUAUUUAGUUUGAAGGUAUGAGUGUGUUGUUUGCGGUGUGAAUUUAGAUUAAAUGAUUUAUAGGUUUUAAGUGUACCUAGUUGACGGGAGACUUAUGUAGGUACUUAAUUAAUUUAAAUGUAAGUGCACCUUUUCAGUAUUUUAUUAUUUUUGGUGAAAAAUUAUAAUAUGUAAUAGCCAGUAUUAGCUUUAAAACUUAGCUCACAUUAGAAGUUAUGUUUUACUUGAACGCGAAUGUGACUAUUACAUGUACUUUACUUACUUAUUACUUUUGGUUUAUAAACAUAACAUAUUAAAUGAAUAAAAUAAAUUAAUUACA